ACAGUUCACAGGGCUCAUUGCAGAUGUGGGGAUAGUGAGACAGUUCAAUGAAAAGUGACAAUUUACCUUUCAAUUUUGAACAUGAUGUUUUGCCCAGAUAAUUGGAGAGUUCGACAAGAAGUGACCCCUUCAAAAGACAACAGUGUUAUUGAUAUAGAUGAUAGUACUGAUUAUGAUAGCGAGGAUUCUGUUUAUGUGUCUUGCGUCAAUGAUAACCAAAACUGUUCUAAUGUACAGAAGCUGAGCAGAAAUGAAAUCUUUAUUGACAAUUUGAGGAAUGCUGACCAAGAGGAACCGGAUCAUCCUUCAAUGGAUAGAAACUGCAGAGCCAGAGAACAACCAACAAUACCAGUAGAAAUCCCAUCACUCUCUCAAGAAACAAACCAAAGAGUGGGUCAUAAUACCAGGACAUCAGACAUGUGUAUGAAUACCUGUAAAUCUUGUGCUUCAAAAGUUUUUUCACAAUAUGACUCAGAAUACAAGACCAACCCUUAUGCAGCAAGUGCAUGCAGCAGUUCUUUAGAUAGCAUCAUUGAAUCUGCGAGGAAUCAUUUUGCCCAUUUUUAUGAUGCCUCCAAUGACAACUGGACACUGCGUGAAGCCAACUUCUUUAAAAAGAGCUUAAAAGAUAUAUCUGAAGUAGUUGAUAAAAUAGACCACUUCAACCUGAAGUAUCAGACAUUUGUGAUGAACUUUAACACUCAUAUGAUCAAUAUUCUCAUGCUGAAUGUUGAAAGUCUUUUAUCAAACAUGGCAGCCUUUAUUUUGUGCUCUAGUAGUAUUCAGAAAAGCAGUGGGGGUAUUGCUUUAUAUCCUGAGGACUUAAUCCAGACUAUGAAAGUUUUAAUUGAACAAUCAAUAAAGACUGUCAACAAUACAUGGAUGACUUUUCUGCAGUCCACGAAUAGUCAGAUAGAAGGCAUAACUAUCAUCCAAGAAAGACCACUGAGCAAUUCUUCACCAAAACCCAGAGAUUGUGAAGAUUUUAUACAGGGGCCCAUCAACAGCCAGAAAGAAGAAGUAACUAUCAACGGAGAAAAACCACUGAGCCAUUCUUCACCAAAUCCCAGAGAUUGUGAAGCCUUUAUACAGGAGUCCGUCUACAGCCAGAAAGAAGUAACUAUCAACGGAGGAAAACCAAUGAGUCAUUCUUCACCAAAACCCAGAGAUUGCCAAGCUUUUCAUCAUUCAAUACCAAGUAAACCUUGUCCAGUUGAGCAAAAUAUAAAUGAAAGAGUUUAUUCAUCUAAUGUCUGUGUGAAUAAACAUUUUGAACCAACACCAGAAAAAACAUAUGCAACAGAAUCUGAAGAAAAAAUGGCAGAUAAUCAAAAUAUGCUGAAACAAGUCAGAGAACCUCAAGGACAGGAGACAGAAACAGGUUAUUCUUCUAGGAGUACUCCAUGUAUCUCGCCUUGCCAGCAAGGUGCAAGCUUUCCAAGUGACCUAGAUAUAUCUGGGAUAAAGGAAUGUGUUAUACCUCUCCAGAGAAUUGAUGACAGCCUUAGUCAUGCACGGCCCAACAAAAGACAAAUUGAACGGAACAGGCAGUCAGAACACAGAAAACAUAGUAAAAACCGAGAAGCACAGGGAAACUCUUCAGAAAAAGGGACCCUGAUAUUGAGUACAAGCAAAGGGACUCAAACACCUGGUAAACUCCAGUCUUUUCAUAUUAAACAUAUCUCAGACUUCAACAAAACUUCUCGAGUUCGGCACAAAGAUUCUGCAAAGUUCAAUAGUCAAUUGGACAGAGAAAUAAAAAAAACAAUGUCUUCUUAUUCUUGUGACACAGUACACCAAGGAAGGAAAGAGUUUGAUUCUUCAUUGGCAAAUAUACCAGACAGAAGUAAAGAGGAAAGGAAUUCCUGCAAAAGUAGGAAGAAACUUCUGUCUGAUUUCAACAAUAAUGCUAACUUGUCAGGUGAGAAAAGAACAUCAAACUCAACAAAUGAUCAGUCAUUGACAACAUUUGUUUCAUUUGUUAGGUCAUAUGUGUGCAGCCCUUCAUCUUUUAAUGUAUCACUCCAAGUGUCCUGUGUAGAAAGAAAUGUAUUGGCUAGAAAACUCAGCAUACAGGACACAGUGAAACGAAACAAAAAUAAGAAGACCGAACAUCGGUCAAGAAAGAGAUCUCUGAACAUGAAUAAAUGUGACAGAGUUAACACAGGCCCUCAGAUGAUUAAACAGAGGAGCUCAGGGGAAGAAAAGUCUUCUCUAACAUCAACCCCAAGAAAGCGCAUCAAAAGUGAUGAGGAGCUCUCAAAAGUCAAGAAAAUAAAUGAUGAUAAAAUUAAAUACUCAAGGUCUGAGUCUCAGAGUGCUAUCAAUGAAACACAUUUAGUUGAAAAAGAUAACAAUAAUAACUUCACUAGACGAGAAGUUCAGAAUGAGAACAGCAUGGAUUCUGUAAAAAAUGAUACACUCCAGAAUGAACCAGAGAAGAUGAACAAUGUGCAUGUGAACAAGAACAAGGGUAGAGAAGAAACACAGAAUGGAAACAAUUCAUGUUCACAGGGAUUGAAACUUUUGGAAGAUGAAAGUCAGUUCUUCCUCAACAAACAAGCAGAAUUAACUGCUAAAAUCAAAAACAAUAGAAAAGUGAAGGCAAGCAAAUGUACCAAGUCUGUCUCCCCUUCCAAACUGAAAUCCUCUAAAGACGAAGUUGGAAACAAGACAUGAUUUCCUUACAGUUCAUUUGAUACUUUUUUUUCUUGUUUGCCUUUCCAAAUUCAAGUACUGUUACAUGUUAUAAUGAUGUUGAGUAAUCACGGUUUAGUUUGGAAAUCAAAGUGCUUUUCCUAUUUCUGUCCAAGUUGUACAAAUUAUCAAUUUGAAAGUAAUUUGAAUUCACAAAUGUACAAAUUAUGUUUAAAACAUCUACUCUUACAUUAUUUGCUAAAAGAGAAAGGUGUCCAGAAUUUCUUCUGUUGUUUCUCCCACAUUAAGUGGUGGGUUUAGUGUAGGUAGACAUGUUUGUUUACAUAUUAAAGGCGGAUCAGCUAGUUAACAUUUACCGGUAUAUUCUUCUUGUACUCUGUAAAUGUGUAUCAAAUUUUUUGGAACAAUCUAAAUAAAUUUGGUAUAUACUAAC